AUGAAGCAAUUCUCUGCAAAAUACGCCCUUAUUCUUUCGGCGACUGCAGGAGAAGCCCUCGCGGCCUCCACGCAAGGCAUCUCCGAGGACCUCUACAAUCGCUUAGUAGAGAUGGCCACUAUCUCCCAAGCCGCCUACGCCGACCUAUGCAAUAUUCCAUCAACUAUUAUCAAAGGAGAGAAAAUUUACAACGCUCAAACUGAUAUCAACGGAUGGGUCCUCCGCGACGACACCAGCAAAGAAAUUAUCACCGUCUUCCGUGGCACUGGCAGUGACACAAACCUACAGCUCGAUACUAACUACACGCUCACGCCAUUCGACACUCUACCUCAAUGCAGCGAUUGCGAGGUACACGGUGGAUACUAUAUUGGAUGGAUCUCAAUCCAAGACCAAGUCGAGUCGCUUGUCAAACAACAGGCUAGCCAGUAUCCGGACUAUGCGCUUACCGUGACAGGCCAUAGUCUGGGAGCGUCGAUGGCAGCACUCACUGCCGCCCAGCUGUCCGCGACAUACGACAACGUCCGCCUGUACACAUUCGGCGAACCGCGCAGCGGCAACCAGGCCUUCGCGUCCUACAUGAACGAUGCGUUCCAGGUCUCGAGCCCGGAGACGACCCAGUACUUCCGGGUCACUCAUUCCAACGACGGCAUCCCAAACUUGCCCCCGGCGGAGCAGGGUUACGCCCAUGGCGGUGUAGAGUACUGGAGCGUUGAUCCUUACAGCGCCCAGAACACGUUUGUCUGUACUGGGGAUGAAGUACAAUGCUGUGAGGCACAGGGCGGACAGGGUGUGAACGAUGCGCAUACUACUUAUUUUGGGAUGACGAGCGGAGCUUGUACUUGGUAA